CGAGUCUCUCUGCCUGCCUCUCCUGAGACAGACCAUGGCAGAAGCACAUCUGUUAAUAUCUGAGGAAGAGUUCACCUGCUCGGUGUGUCUGGACACCCUGACUGAUCCCGUCUCAACACCAUGUGGUCACAGUUUCUGUCUCGAGUGCCUUAAGGGUUUUUGGGAUCACAGCCAAGUGUUCAUCUGUCCUCAGUGCCGAAGGACCUACGUACCGAGGCCUGAGCUGCAAAGAAACACUCUGCUGAAUGAAGUCAUCAAGAAACUGAAGAAGAACAGUCUUGAUUCUCCUCCCUUGUCACAGAAUUAUGUCAGACCUGGAGACAUACAGUGUGACGCCUGUACUGAGAGGAAGUUCAGAGCGGUGAAGUCAUGUCUUACCUGCAGGGCCUCCUUCUGUCAGGUUCACCUCCAGCCUCACUAUGAAGGAGCUGCCUGGAAGGACCAUAAGCUGACGGACCCGGGAAAUCUGAAGGAUAAGCUCUGUGCAAAACAUCAGAAAGGCUUGGAGGUGUUUUGCCAAACAAAUAAUUUGUGCAUCUGUACGAUAUGUGUGGCAACUGAACACAGGGGGCAUCAUAUUGUGGAGCUGAAGACCGCAAGGGAGGACAAGCAGAAUGAGCUGGGCAGGACCCUGAGUGAAAUCCAGAGUCGAAUUGGGGUGAGAGAGAAAAAAGUGGAGGAGACAAGGAAGGUGGUGGAACAGAUAAAGGUUUCUGCAAAGAGGGAGGUGAAGGAAAGUGAGAAGAGCUUCAUUGCCCUGAUUCGCUGCAUUGAGGAAACUUGUAAGAAAGUGACAGAGAAGAUCAACAAACAAAAGAAACAAGAAAUGAAGAAGGCUGAAGAUUUAAUGUUGUGCCUGGAGAAGGAGAUCAAGGAGCUGAAGAGCAAAGAGGCUGCGCUGAAGGAGCUGUUACAAACGGAUGACAACAUUCACUUCCUCCAGACUUUCUCACCUUUCUGUGGCCUCCCUAAAGAAGGAGACUCUCUCAGUUACACCAUCACUGCAGAUUUCUCUUCUGAGGACCUGAGGAGGAAGCUGCCGCCUUUGAAGGAGCAUCUGGAGAAAUUGAGCCAGUGGGAGGUUGUGAGCUUCACUCCGCCAGGACGGCGAGCUCCUGUUUUCAGCCUGCAGCCUCCUACACCUCAGAGCAGAGAUGCCUUUCUGCAAAGUCGUGAAGCUCCAAUUGUCGCUCCACAGGCUCCUAAAUCUCAAAGCAGAGAGAAGGUUUUACGAUGUCGUGAAGCUCCAGUUUUCCCCUUACAGUCUCCUGACCCUCAGACGAGAGACGAGUUUUUACAAUACUUCUGUCCACUCACCCUGGAUAUCAACAUGGCAAACAGAGACCUCCACCUGUCUAAAGGGAAUAAAAAGGUGACACGUGAGCGGACAGAGACCAGAUAUUUUAAAUAUCCUGACAGAUUUGACUGGUGGGCCCAAGCUUUGUGCAGAGAGGCUCUGACUGGGACUCGGUGCUACUGGGAGAUUCAGUGGAGUGGAGAAAAUGUGGAGAUAGGAGUCGCAUAUAAAGGAAUGAGCAGGAAAGGAGAUGGCGUGUAUCGUUUUGGAUUCAACGACAAGUCCUGGUGUUUGUUAUGGUCUGACUCCCAGUACUCUGUUUAUCAUAAUAGCCAGCAGACUGUACUCAGCGCCCCCUACAGCCCCAGAAUAGGUGUGUAUCUGGACUGGCCUGCUGGCUGUCUGUCAUUUUAUAGCGUCUCACACACAAUGACCCUCCUGCACAGGUUGAACACCUCCUUCACUGAGCCGCUCUACCCGGGGUUUGGACUUGGUUGGAACACCAGUGUAAAAAUCUGCAUCUGACUCCAUGUGACCACUGACCAGUACCUUCCACCAGUCACUUAAUGUCCCCACAAGCACAGUUCCUCUUUGUGUUUUUAAUUUGGGGUCAAAAGGAAUUUCAGAGGAUGGGUGGGUGGGCAGCACCUCCGUGACUGAAUUUAGGGAUGAGAGUGCAGGGCGAGUGCAGCUGUCAGGGUCUCCAUUCUUAUAGGGCUGUGGUCCCCUAAGUCUGUCUUGAUAACCCACUGUAGAUGCAGGUUUUUUAUUCCAGUCAGAUUCACAAAUAGUGAUAAUAAUUUAUCUCAUUUAUUUAGACGGUCUUUUCUUUUUCCCUUCUCUUAUUCUGCUUUUAGAAAAUCAAAGCAGUAAGGUUUUUACAUUUAUAAGACAUUUAGAAAUAUUUCUACUUUUGCUUUAAACGCUUACCUCUCUUUUGUUGUUGUCCUAUUGUUUUAUUUUUUUUUUUGUGCAGUUUGCCUCCUUCAUUGUAUCCUAAUAAUAAAAAUUAAAACAAACAGAACUGACAGCCAGUUAAACAACACUGAAUGAUCAAAG